CUGAAGGCGUUGGUGCUGCAAGCCACCACCAAACACCAUCCCGUGGCAGGGGUCCCUGGCAGCCUGGCUGCUUUCCUGGGCUUUUUUGCACUGCCACCAUCCCCUUGGCAGGCAGAGGACCUUCUCUGCAGCUGUGGUGGCUCUGCCUGCUGCUUGCAGGGCCAGACGUGCAGCUGAUGCCCGCUCGGCAUCGUGCCCAUCCCUGGGAGCGUCUGUGUUGGGUAGAAACCCCUACUUCACUGCCAACACCUGGGGAGUAAAAGGACCCACCUGGAUGCUCCUCCUCUGCUGGGUGAAGGUGACCUGGAAACCCCAGUGCUGGGGUUGUGGUGAGUGCUCGGAGCACUGCCUGCCAGGGAGGCAUCAGCUCCCACUUGCCUGGACAUGGCUGGGCAGAGAGGAGGGCUACCUCUGCUCCUGCUGCUGCUGACCCUUGCUGUGCCACGCUUCUUGCUGGAGACCUCGGCACUGCUGCCCACCACUGACUCCACCACCACAGCCAUUGUCCCCUCCUCCAGACCUGGAACAGGAACCUCUGACUUGGAGAGGUCCAGCACAUCCAUGGGGAAUGACAACACCUCACCUCCUACACCUCCUUCCACCACACCAGCACAGACAGCUGCUUCAUCUGAGCCCUUGACAACCCUGUCUGACACAACAGAGGACCCAAAUACCAGCAUUACACUCCCCAGGAGCAGCCCCACUUCUGGCCAGACAGCAGGGACCAUGGCCAAGACCACCCCUGCGAUCUCCACUCCGACCCUAGGGACUACCCUGGGCACCCUGACAGAACCUGCGACCCCCAGUGCAGCCACAGGCACAGAGCCCUCUUCCCCCACCACUGACUCAACCCGGACCACAGAAUUUACCCUCAGCAACCCUACAGACCUGCCAGUGACCCUGCCUGUUUGCCCUACCAUCAGAUCCAACACCAGUGCAUCUCACCUCUUUCUGUCACUACGAAUAACCAUCCCCCUGGACCUGGGAAACACCACGGUGCAGGAGCUGGUGUUGUCCAAGCUCCGCCAGGACCUGCAGACAGCAUUCCCGUGUGCUGGCUUGGCAGUGGAGUGGCGAGGCCAGAGGAGGACCUGACUGCUGCUGCCUGCCCGACUGGCUCUGAUGUGGACUGGCAAGCCUUCAGUUACAGCUCCUUACUCCAUGGCAGUGCAGCCCUUUAGGGUAACCUGUACAGCUUCUCCUUGAGCCUGGGAUCCCCUGUUCUUCACUGUGGACCCCCAGAGGAGCCCAAGUGCUCCCUGUGGGCUGCUGUGCCCCUGCCCUGUCCCACAGCCUGUCUGUAGAGCCUGAGUCCUCCCAGCACCCUACAGCAGAUCCAACUCACACAGUAGGACUCUCCCACUUGUGCUGCUAUGGGACUGGGAGGACAGGGACCCUGUGGUGCUGGCUUUUACAACUGGGACUGAGUUGGCUCAGCCAUGAAAGUCACCCUGAGGACUGAGGAUGAGAGACCUGGAUCCCUCAGUUCUGCUGUGCCCAGGGCAUUCAGGGGCUCAGUGAUAGUGACCUCCAAAGAUCUGCAACCCAGGGAAGCUAUGAGCAUCUUUAAGAGAUGCUCCAUGGCAGCUUCACAUCCAGAGUGGGCCAAAAUGGGUGGCUCUGGGAAGGACGCAGGAGAGGAAGAGUCCCCCUCUCCCAUCUGAGCCCUGUGCUGGGGCCAUGCGAGCUCCUGAGCCCUGCAGUGCAGAAGGUGACACCAGAGCCCAGCACACCAGCUCUCCCUGGCUUGCCUGCAGUGCUGCUGGCAGAGGAGCACACCUGUGCAAGUAUGGGCUGGGCAGCCAAGGGAAAUCCCAUGUUUUCUGUGGCAAAGACGACUUCUGUCCUGGCUGCCUUCCCUGGUUUUCAUCUAGCCCACGUACCAGCAAGGAACACCAGCUGAGUUCCAAAAACUUCACAGCUCAGGGACGGGCUCAGAACUGUCCCUUCUUGGCAGAGGACAGCCCAGCACCCCAACAGGCUGAGGGUGCCCAGUUUGAUGCCCUCUGCCUCACGACACCCCACAGCUGCCAGGGCAGCUGCGUGCACCAUGAGACCGUGGAAAUCCCGUAGGCUGUGCUCCUUCCCUGUGUUUUUCCAGUCCCAAGCUAAAGAGACGGCUGCCAGCGUCUGUCCCCCUGCAGCAAAGUCAUUUAUUAACUGAUUAAUUAGCCAGAUAAAAUCCAACCGAAGCAAUUAUUAGCCUAAGCAAGUCACCUCUCUGGGAGAUUGAAAACUGAA